AUGUCAGGGAAAGGAGCGAAGGGAUUGUUAACAAGCAAAACUCCAGCUCAAUCUAAAGAGAAAGACAAGAAGAAACCAACCUCUCGCUCUUCUCGUGCUGGUCUUCAGUUUCCUGUCGGGCGUAUCCACCGCCUUCUGAAGUCAAGAGCAACAGCCCAUGGAAGAGUGGGAGCAACAGCAGCCGUUUACUCUGCUGCUAUCUUGGAGUACCUGACUGCAGAAGUGUUAGAGCUGGCAGGAAAUGCAAGCAAGGAUCUGAAGGUAAAACGGAUUACACCGAGGCAUUUACAGUUAGCAAUCCGUGGUGAUGAAGAGCUAGACACCCUUAUAAAAGGAACCAUAGCUGGUGGUGGUGUGAUCCCUCACAUCCACAAGUCGCUAAUCAACAAAUCCUCCAAGGAAUAA